AGGGGUGUGGUCCCCCUGGCCUUCGGGCCUUGGAGCCACAUGGUCUGAUCCCAUGUUACUUCCAAGCCGUGUGAGGACCGGCGCAGCCGGCACACUCAUGCCACUCCUACAUGGUCUCUGCCAAUCACUGGCCGGCUGGCAGGCAGCCUCCUUCGGCGAAGGUUGACUGGGAAGUCAGGCCACUCGCUGGGACGGAGCAAGAGACCAGCCAAGGGCGUGGGACGGAGACCCCAGCUCUGCGGACCCGCGAGCCGGCCAGCCAGCCAGUGUGCAACUGGCAAGUGUGUUCCCUGCCGGACACCACUGGGCAGACCAGACCAGGAGCCCGGCCCCGCAGGAGCUCAAGCCACCCUUGGAACACGUCAUUAGCCAAGCCCAGUGCCUCUGUCCUGGGUGCCACCUGCCCAGGGACUGUGUGGCAGCAGCUGCAUGAAGGUGAAGCCCUGGGAGCGAUGCCCGUCCAGCAGGACACAGGCCUCUCGGGGUGCAGCCUUCUGCAGCCCUGUAUAGGCAGGGCCAUGAGGCAGGGGCUCUCAGAGGGAACACACAGCGUUGAGAUGGUCAGCAAGCACCCAGAAGCUCAGUCUUCACGGUGCCCUGAGAACGGAGCAGAAUCAAGCCCGCCUGUCCACUGGGGAGAGCUGGCGUCUGCAGGGCACCCACCUCCCUGCCCAGCCGUGCGGUACGGGCUCCUCUGUGCGGACCCCCCUCACGGCGCAUGAUAGUUCUCCUCAUAGAAGUCCAGAAUUCUCUGGCUAAGGCUUUUCUUGGGUGAUUUGUUUCUAUGGCCAGUUUGAAUUGAAUUAUUUUUCUCUUAUAGUUUCCAAGUUAUUUCUGGUAUUAGGAAAAACAUAUAGAUAGAAUAAACGGAUAUG